AAGCGCCUGACACAGGACCCCGCGAGUCUGACAUACAAAGGCCAGGGCCAAGGCCCGGCCCGCGCGAGCGGAGGAGCCGCCGCCGCCCUCGGCCGCGAUCGGCGGGUCUCGGCCGCUCGGAGACCCUGGCACCCGGCGGGGACCGCGGGGACCUCCGGCCGCGAUGAGCCCCCGGCCGUGACCGCCCGAGUCCGGGACAGGCGGCGCCGGCCCAUGGCCCGGAGGUAUGAUGAGCUGCGCCACUACCCCGGCAUUGCGGAGCACACCCUGGCCAGUUUCUCAGAGGCAGCACCUUCCGUACCUCGAGCCCCUGGGCCCUAUGGCCCACACCGACCUCCCCAGCCCCAAGUCCCAGGCUUGGACAGCGACAGCUUGAAGAGAGAAAAGGAUGACAUCUAUGGACACCCCCUCUUCCCACUCUUGGCCCUGGUCUUCGAGAAGUGUGAACUGGCCACAUGCUCGCCCCGUGAUGGGGCAUCGGCUGCGCUGGGCUCAUCCCCGGGCGGUGACGUCUGCUCCUCGGAUUCCUUCAAUGAGGACAUUGCCGCCUUUGCUAAACAGAUCCGCUCUGAGAGGCCGCUCUUCUCUUCCAACCCGGAGCUGGACAACCUGAUGAUCCAGGCCAUCCAGGUUCUCCGCUUCCACCUGCUGGAGCUGGAGAAGGUGAGGGUGUCUCACUUGCACCUGCCCUACCCCCUCCCUCCAGCCCCCCUCUCCCUGCUCCCCGCCAGAGUGGAAGCAGAGUGUUCCCUCACCCUGUUCGCCCCAGCCCUGGCCCCGGGUGGCCCCCCCAGUACCCCGCUACCCUCCCAGGUCCACGACCUGUGCGACAACUUCUGUCACCGAUACAUCACCUGCCUCAAGGGGAAGAUGCCCAUAGACCUGGUGAUCGAGGACCGGGAUGGCGGCUGCAGGGAGGACCUUGAGGACUAUGCCGCCUCCUGCCCCAGUCUCCCAGACCAGAACAAUACAUGGAUCAGAGACCAUGAGGACAGUGGGUCUGUACAUUUGGGGACCCCGGGUCCAUCCAGUGGAGGCCUGGCCUCCCAGAGCGGGGAUAACUCAAGUGACCAAGGAGAUGGGCUGGACACAAGCGUGGCCUCUCCCAGUUCUGCAGGCGAGGACGAGGAUCUGGACCUGGAGCGCCGUCGGAACAAGAAGAGGGGGAUCUUCCCCAAAGUGGCCACCAACAUCAUGAGGGCCUGGCUGUUCCAGCAUCUCUCGCACCCGUACCCCUCAGAAGAGCAAAAGAAACAGCUGGCCCAGGACACGGGGCUCACCAUCCUGCAGGUGAACAACUGGUUUAUUAAUGCCCGGAGACGGAUUGUGCAGCCCAUGAUUGACCAGUCCAACCGUACAGGGCAGGGUGCAUCUUUCAACCCUGAGGGCCAGCCCGUGACAGGCUACACAGAGACUCAGCCACAAGUGACAGUCAGGACGCCAGGAUCAAUGGGGAUGAAUCUGAACUUAGAAGGAGAAUGGCAUUACCUAUAGGGGCCGGGGUCAAAAUGAGGGCCUUAGCCUCCGGACUCUGACCACCAGCCUUCUACUUAAUUGGUCCCUGCUGGUCCUUGGACUUCAGGACUUUGCCUCCAAAGCUCCCACCCCAUUCAACGCCUACCUCCCUGGGGCCCCCAGAGGCUUGGGGACCCACGAGCCCACUUGAGGGCCUCUCAAGGGCAAAGACAAAGCCUCCAUGUCCUGCAUCCUUCUUCUGUCCUCCCUUCUGCCCAGGACCUGAGCUGAGAACUGGGCCAGGGUCUGCAGAAGAUGGUGGCUGGGGCCCCAAUCUAGGACAGAGAAGGGACUGGGGUUGGGAAAGGAUGGUCAAGGAAGGAGGGUCACCAGGAUUCGAAGUUUAGGAGAGUCCCGCCACCCUCCUGCCCUCUGCCUCACCACCUCCCUUCUCUGACUUUCUUCUACUCUUCUUCUUUUUUUUAA